CGAAAAAGAUAUCGUUUUCAGUAGACAGAUACGCAUCAUGGUUGAUACAUGAAUACAUGUCCCCAUCUCUUCCUGGACCCUCUGUCCCCCCCCCUCUUUCUUUCCCUCUCUCCUCCCCCUCUCUCUUUCUCUGCAAAUCACAUCACCCCCUCACUUUCAAGUUCUCAUCCAUCACUUUGAACUUCCACCGCCACCACUUUUUAACUUCCUCCACUCCCACUUCAAUCUCCCUUCCACUCAAAAACACCUCUCUCUCUCUCUCUCUCUAGAAUUAGAAAUGAUCACCGGAAUCUGAUCAGACGGCACACAACCCACCAACCAUGGACCCCUACGACUCUUCUAUCACCAACAGCGCCGCAUCUUCGUCCUCAUCGUCGUCAUGCGCCGGCAAGCCACUGGAUCGGAUCGACAACCUCCUCGCCGGAGCCGGGUACCGGGUCCGGUCCUCGGAGCUCCGUCAAGUAGCCCAGCGCCUCGAGCGUCUUGAGAACGUCAUCGUCAACAACCCCUCGGACCUCUCCCACCUCGCAAACGACGCCGUCCACUACAACCCCUCCGACCUCGCCUCCUGGGUCGACUCGCUCCUCUCCGAGCUCCACCCACCCUUUCCCGAUCACCUUUAUGCUGAUCGGACGGUCGAUACAACCCCGUGGAUGGACGACCAUCAUGCGGCCGCGCAACAGGGAGAAAUUUUCCCCCAACAGUUAACAACCACCUCCGCCGCCGUGGUGAUGGACGAAGAUUCUGGUAUUCGUCUGGUCCAUAUGCUGAUGACGUGCGCCGAGCUAGUCCAACGUGGCGACUUCUCAUUGGCCGGGGCUUUGAUCGACGAGAUGCAGUUGUUGCUGGCGCGUGUGGACACUGGCUGCGGGAUAGGGAAAGUGGCUGGCUACUUCGUCGACGCUCUGAGCCGACGGCUCUUCGCGCCGCAGACUGCCGGGCUGAUCGGCUCGACCCACGAGAACGAGAUUUUGUACCACCACUUCUACGAGGCCUGUCCGUACUUGAAGUUCGCCCACUUCACGGCGAAUCAAGCGAUACUGGAAGCGUUCGAUGGCCACGAUUGCGUCCAUGUCAUCGACUUCAACUUGAUGCACGGCUUGCAAUGGCCGGCUUUGAUACAGGCCCUGGCGCUGCGGCCCGGCGGGCCGCCGCUGCUCCGUCUGACCGGCAUCGGCCCGCCUUCACCCGACGGUCGCGACUCGUUGCGCGAGGUCGGGCUCAGGCUGGCCGAAUUGGCCCGGUCCGUUAACGUUCGGUUUGCCUUUCGUGGUGUCGCGGCUUCACGGCUCGAAGACGUGAAGCUGUGGAUGUUGCAAGUGGGCCACAAAGAAGCAGUGGCAGUGAACUCAAUCAUGCAGCUCCACCGACUACUCGGGUCGGAUCCGACCCGAGGAUCGUCGAUCGAUAUCGUCCUCGGGUGGAUCCGGAGCCUGAACCCGAAAAUCGUGACCGUGGUCGAACAAGAAGCGAACCAUAACCAACCGGAGUUUCUCGGCCGAUUCACCGAAGCCCUACACUACUACUCGACCAUGUUCGACUCGUUAGAAACUUAUUUGAGACACCCGGAUAAAGCCUAUGCGGAGAUGUAUAUUCAGAGGGAGAUAUGCAACGUGUUGUGUUGCGACGGGUUGGCUCGUGUCGAGCGACACGAGCCGUUGGCCAAGUGGAGGGUCCGGCUCGGUGGGGCAGGGUUUAGGCCCCUCCCCUUGGGAUCCAAUGCAUUCAAGCAAGCCAGCAUGUUGUUAACUUUGUUCUCGGCCGAAGGGUAUUGUGUGGAGGAGAAUGAAGGGUGCUUGACUCUCGGCUGGCAUAGCCGGCCCCUCAUCGCGGCUUCGGCUUGGCAAGCCGUUUCUCAGCCAAACCCUCCACUUAAUUUGAUUAGCCAUCAUAAUCAUAACAAUAAUAUGCUGUAAAACUUGUAAUUUGGGUUCAAGUGAAAGGCUUUAUUUAAUUUUUUUUUUUUUUUUUUGGGGGGGGGUUUAAAUCCAUACGAAAAGGCAUCUUAUGAGAGAACUACUCUUUUUGUAGCAAUAUGGUUUUCAAUAAAGUAUCAUAUGGUGGAUGCUUACUCUA